AUGCAACUAAAGCUUGGAUUUAUUUUUAAUUUUUUGUACCUUGACAAAAUUCAUGUUUUGAUGUCAGUUAGAAAUACUGUACUCCUUUUAGAAUAUUUUAAACUUUUGGAUGUUCAUGACAACAGGACUUUAAAUGAUGUUCAAUUUUUUCACUUCCUUCAAUGUAUCACAGACAUGACAACACAACAUAUCAAAAAGACUUUCAAUAUGUUUGAUUGGAGAGCCUCAGGGGAGAUUGGAUUUGAUGAGUUUUACAUGUUAAUUUGCAUCAUAAUUGCCAACAAGGAUAAAAUGGAACAGCAGUUUCUUUAUCGUCACUCUCGCCCCAUCUUUGACCUAUUUGAUAUGGAUGGGGGACACACCAUUUCCCCAGCUGAAUUUUACAGUGCAGGAUUUCUCUUCAAUAUCAAAGGACGUGCUUUUUUGCAGAUGUUUCAAGAUUAUAGUGGAACUAGCGGUGAGAACCUGACCUACAAUGAAUUCAAAUUGUUCAUCAUGGCCUGUGUAGAUAAGCAAGAGAAAAUUAAUGAAGAUAGAAAGAAAAAGAAACAAUCGCGCUCAGCAUUAUUUCCUGUUAAAGGUUCUGCAUUUUCCAUGUAA